GACUCUUCAGACCGACGCACCAUCACACAUGCAUUUCUCCCUGUGCUGAGGUUACCUGAAUGUAUAGCAGAAAUAAAUGCGUCUGUUGAUCUCCAGUGGAUGUAAUCGCUGAUCACAGAAGUGCUCGUCUGAGUUCCCCCCCCCCAAUAUAUUUAACGUUGUGUAACAGAGGGGUAUUAUUUUCUGGUGGAGUGUCCUUGACCGUUUCUUGUAAUGCGACUCACCCUGCGGGCGUUGAUUUCUCAUGGACGGGUGGCCCGUCGGAUAGGACUCGGACCUGAGUCCAGAGUCAACAUGCUUCGGAACAUACUCACUGGUCUGGUUCGACACGAGAGAAUAGAGACAACAAGAGCCCGAGCCGACGAGGUUCGCUUUUACGCUGAAAAGCUGAUUGGUUAUGCUAAAAAGGGAGAUACUAAUGAAAAGUCAAUGAAAAUGGCUGAUUUCUGGCUCACGGAAAAAGAUUUGAUCCCCAAACUUUUUAAAGUUCUGGCGGUAAGAUUUGAGAAUCAAACGGGUGUAUAUACACGCAUGGCUCGCAUUCCUAACAGGGAGAAUCUGGACCGUGCGGCUAUGGCUGUCCUGGAGUAUAAAGGCAACCCUUUCCCUCCCUUGUUCCCCAUGAAACAUGUCAGUGAACUCAACUUGUUAAACCAACUUCUGAAAGCAUACAGAGAAGAAAAAGCUCAAAUGGUGUCUGAGAAAAAGGACUUAUGAUCUUUAAUCACUGUAUUUGUACAUUAUAUUUCAUGUAAUAAACCAGG